AUGAUUCUAAAACCCGCCAAUGCAGUGAAUGUGGUGGCAGCAACAAAGUUGGACCAAAUGGAGACGAGUGUGUUCACAAGACAAAUGUACUUGCAAUUAUACUUCCAAUCAUUUUUGAUGUUAAGGAAAUCACUGGUGAAUGAAUUUCUGUUAAAGGAUUUGAAAAAGAAAGGUGUUGAUAUGGUGUAUCUUGGCGCUCAAAAAGAACGCAUUUUGUGUUCAACACAAGAAAUACAUUUUGAAGGAGAAAUUGCAGUCCAAAAAGACAGUGACUGUAAAUUCAUGAUUGGCAACGACAGAGCGUCUUUAUUGAAAAUUCAAUUCACAACACAAAAUGACGAAGAAAAGUUUGAGUUGAAUGUUGAACCUUCCAUCCCAGUGAGUAUCAAGAAAGGUCGUGCUGUAGAGUUUACAGUGACUAUUCAUCCGCUGUGUACGCUUGAGAAGACUGUUGACAUCACUUGUUCGGUCUUGAACAUCAACAAAGGCAAAAUAUCAGAGAUAAAAAUCCCAGUCAAAUUUGCGUCAGAAAUGUCGACAGCACUUGACCCGGACGAGUUGAAGAAAGAGCGAAAACUUGGAGAAGGAAGUUUUGGGAUUGUGUACAAAGGAACAUAUCGAGGAAAUGUUGUUGCCAUCAAAGAGAUGAAGGAAAUG